UCCAGUCUAGCCGUGCAGUCCAGAGCCCUUCCCUUCUGGGAUCUGCAGGGACUGUUGUCCGACGGUUCCUACAGGCUCGGUGUCCAGGAAAAUUCCGCUGUUCUCAACAUUUUUGAUGGAGCCGUGGAAGGAGUCGAAAAUGAAGUUUACAAGAAACUAAUUGCCCCCUUCACGAACGAUAUGCCUACAGACGACUCUGAAGGGUUUAAAAAAGUCUGCACUCUGCACAAGUACGCCUUCGUAGGCUCUUACUUCUUCGGUCUGCAGUACAAGGGGGCGAUGUUAUGUCAGAUGACAACACUUCCUGGAACUUCCUACCCGGAACCUCUGACCUACAUUAUUUCCAAGAAGAGCCCUUACAAGUACCUCAUCAAUUGGAAGUUAGCUCAACUUCGCGAGAAAGGAAUUCAAUCUAGGAUUCGCCAACACUACAUAACCUCAAAGGCAUCUUAUGUAAAUCGUUCUGCAACAACAGUGAACUUAGCUGCAGUAGCGCCAAUUCUGGUUGUGUUUGUGGCCGGAAAUUUGAUUGCAAUUUUCCUAUUGGUCAUAGAGCGACAGAUCCAUGGGAACUUAUUCAAAUGCUGGCCAGUUGGAAACUCCCGACGGCCAGAAAACAACGAAUGUCGAAAGCGUGAUAGCAAUCGAAUGCUUUCACUCUCACACAAAAAUGUGUACCGGCCUCCACUCUAUAGGAACAUCCAUCGCUCAAUACGCAAACAUAAAUGUAAAUAAAAAUACAUCAACAUA